CCCUCCUCUCUCCUUGAGGCUCUCUGUACGACUCCCUAUUUCGCUUCCUACUGUAUGGAUCUUUUUCCCGUCCUUGCGCUUGUCAACACCAUCCUUUAAAUGCCGUCGUAACUCUUGGCUUGACGUCCCACAUCUCCACCUUCUUCCCCGGCUCCAUCAUGGCUCUUUGCGAUCUUUGUUGACUUGCCUCUUAACCUUGUUCCCUCCCUGUUGUCCUUCCUGCUGGCUUCUGGCUCAGUGGUUUGCACGUCACACAAGCAGGAAUGUUCAUCGUUCAGUAUAUACUUUACCUUGGCUGAUCCCAGCUGCUCUGGCCCGGUUUUUUUUUUCGAACUGGCAACUCAAUUCAAGUGCUCAUCGCUUUAUUGAGCGGUGCUCUCUCAACCCUGGCGAAGAAUCCCUUACUCCGCACUGAUUAACCGUGGGAAUGUCAAGUCGAGGCAUUCUUGACGGCCAAUGGGCCGAUCAGUAUAAAUAUAUGCGAUCGUCCGCAUCGUCGUUCUGGCUUCAACAUCUCCAUCCUCGUCGCCUGAGAGCCCGGCCCAUCAGGGCUCUCUUCUUGGUCGCAGCAUGUUUGUUCUUGCUCACUCUGUGGUCGCACUCAGCUAGUGAACCUUCGGUCAACUUCUGGGUGAAAUACCCGUCCUACCCUCCGACGCGACGGCGCCCUGAAGAUACGCCCAUGCUCCUCGCCGGCCGACAUGCCACGAACAGAAACCAAUCUGCCCCGCUAGGCUUAGAAAGAUCGGCGCCCUCCUUUCACCUCCUUAUACCCGCAUCGCACAAGUCGGCUUCGCUCUGUCGCACUGUGACGUCCUCGAUGAUUCUGAACUACCCACCGCCGACGCUGAUCAGCUACGGGAAGUCCUCCGCAGGUGGGAGCACAGAAUAUUCAUCCAUGGUCGACAGAAUCGCGGGGAUAUACAACUAUCUUGCAUACAGCACGCAAUUGAAGGAUGAUGAUCUGGUCCUCAUUGUUGACUCGCAGGAUGUGUUCUUCCAAUUACCAGCGGGAAUCUUGGUGCAGCGUUUCCAGGACCUGCUCCGGGAAAAUAACGAAAAACUGCUACGGAAGUAUGGUACUAUUACUCUGGACCUGCCCUUCCGGAAAGAAGGCAAACAGACUCUGCAGAAAUACUCCCAGAGGGUUCUGUUUGCUGCUAGCAAGACGUGUAUCUCUGGCCUUUCUCAGGACCCAGGUUGCGUGUCAGUCCCGCAAUCGAGCCUUCCUCCAGACGCUUAUGGCUGGAAAACCGAUGUCCAUCCGCAGGGGCAUCUGAACCGGCCACGCUGGCUAAAGCCUGGCGCAGUCAUGGGCCAGGUGGCUGAUCUACGAGUUAUUUAUGCCGAAAUAUUGCAUUACGUUCAUCAGCAUCGCAAUGCGCGCGGUGACUAUCUGGCGAUGACCCAGAUGUUUGGACGUCAGGAAUACCUUCGAGAGCUGGAAAGAAGCAAUAGCGCCAGCAGGCUCAAGGAGUGGCUCUAUCGCCAGAUCGGCAUUUCGGAGGCCUCGAACAUUACCGGGGCUAUUCCCCCACGCCUAACGGCGGGAACCCGGUAUGAGUACGGUAUAGGGGUUGACUAUGAAUCCCGGUUGUUUUUCAACAUGUUCAACUCCAAGAUGGAUGUUGAAUGGCUCCACUAUCAUAAUGUAAGCAAGACUUCAGCUGUGCAGAUGCAGCACGGCGUCCCCAGGGAGAGACGUCUCAUGCUUCCAGAUGACCUUGAUCCUGCAAAAUUGGGAAAUCCAUUCGUCCAACCCCGGUUUACCAAGGAUGAUUGGCCGAACCCGCCUUGGAAUGCUACACUUGACAAGCUGCCUAAUCAUCGCAACCACACGUGGCGUGACCUCCCUUUGAUGACAAACAUUCAUUCAGCAUCCGUCCCGGCUCUGCUACACCUCGAUGGAGAUCAUUCGGUUCGCGACAAGUGGUGGUCGGAGAUGUGGUACCAGCCUUGGGCUCGGGCUCUCCUCCGCAAGUACAUGCGCACUGCCUCUGGCUUUGAUGCCUCCCAGUCCGCCUUGAUGGGCGGCCAAGAAUGGUGGGACAUGCGCGGCGGCAAAGGAGGCUUGUGGACCGACAAGGGUGAAUGGCUCGAUUACGGCGAGGUCUGCGGCAGCUAUAACCGUGAUGUCUUCGACGACGACCUUGGGCCAUUUGGCCAGGAAAAUGGUGAAGACGCAGACGAGCCGGUCUACAACCAAUUUGGAAACGUCAUCAAGGGCAAAGAGGAUCUGACCACUCCUUCGUGGUAGAUUGCUCUUUAGGUCCCAGGGACUGGUUUUCUGAGAUCUAUCACUGCACAAGAAGCAGAUGCGGCUCGUGCUGGCAGACACUUUCAUGUGGUCGCCAAGUUUUAUCGUUUCACCUUGCAUAUAUUACACACAAUUGGCGCCAUGAAGCGCAGCGGCAAUCCGGCCAUGAGCCAUGGCCGUGCAUAUAUUCCGACGGUGCCUGGAUUUCAUUUUCUUUGAAUUAGCGAGUUGUGUUUCCUGGUUUGCCAUGAGACAUGGAGAGUUCCCAACGCAGCCAUAUGAGAAGGGUUUGCGUCCGUCCUGACAUGGACAGCGAAGGAGUGAUAGCCACGGGCUUUCACUCAUCAGAGAUACCAAUAUUGUAUAGAUAGAUAGAGCAAGACCUAAUACCUUUUCUUUCCUACAACCCACGCAGAACCCUUU